CCCGAGUCCCGUGAGCCCUCGCGCGGCGCCCCCCGUGCCCCCCGCUGCCAUGAUCCACGAGCUGCUCCUGGCGCUGCGCGGCUACACCGGCGGCCUCUUCGUCGUCAGCGGGGCCGGAGGGGGCCUGCAGGUGUCGCUGGAGGCGCUGCCCCCGUUCCUGCAUCCGAGCGAGGCCGGCCUGCUGGCCCGCGCUUGCCGCCUGGGCGCCUUCUACGUCCGCUUCAGCGAGUUCAUCGAGCAGUUCGCCGAGCACGUCCAGCCGCCGCUGCUGCCGCCCUCCAGCACCGCGCCCCUAGCCGCCCCGACGCAGCCGCCGGAUCUUUACAGCACACAGCAAGGGAUUUAUCUCCGGGCUUUCUGCACUGGGCUGGACACGGUCUUAGAGCCAUACCGGCAGGCACUACUUGACUUGGAACAGGAGUUCUUGGCUGAUCCUCACCUUACCAUCUCACAUGUCAACUAUUCUCUGGACCAGUUCCAACUCCUUUUCCCCUCAUUGAUGAUUGUGGUGGAGCAGAUAAAGACCCAGAAGAUUCAUGGCUGUCAGAUCUUGGAGAUUGUCAACAGACACAGCCGUGGUGGCCUGCCACCUGUGCGGCAUGCUCUGGAAAAGGUCUUGGCAAUGUGCCAUGCCGUCAUGUACAAGCAGCUCUCCGCCUGGAUGCUGCAUGGACUGCUCUUGGACCAGCACGAGGAGUUCUUCAUUAAACCAGGUCCGUCUUCAGGGAUCGUUCCUGCCCAGCCCGAGGAGGAGGAGGAGGAUCUGGGCAUUGGGGGGCUGACAGGAAAACAGCUGCGAGAAUUGCAGGAUAUGAGAUUGAUCGAAGAGGAGAAUAUGUUGGCCCCUUCUCCAAAGCAGUUCUCUCUACGGAUAGAAAUGUUGCCCUCCUACAUCCCUGUACGUGUUGCUGAGAAAAUCCUCUUUGUGGGCGAGUCUGUCCAGAUGUUUGAGAGUCAGAAUGUGAGCCUUAGCAAAAAAGGCUCCAUCUUGAAGAAUCAAGAGGACAUCUUUGCUGCUGAGUUGCAUCGUCUCAAGCAACAUCUUGUUUUCAAUUUGAUGGAUUUUGAGUCAGUGGUUGACUGGAUACGGAGCACUGUAGCUGAGCACCUGUGGAAGCUGAUGGUGGAAGAAUCAGAUUUGAUAGGACAGCUAAAGAUAAUUAAAGAUUUUUACCUCCUGGGGAGAGGAGAACUGUUUCAGGCCUUCAUUGAUACUGCACAACAUAUGCUAAAGUCACCCCCCACUGCAGUGACUGAGCAUGAUGUGAACGUGGCGUUCCAGCAGUCGGCCCACAAAGUGCUGCUGGAUGAUGACAACUUGCUGCCUCUCCUCCAUCUGACCAUCCACUACCAUGGGAAGGAGCACCGAGAUGCUUCUCAGUCUCGCGAAGCUCCUUCCCGGGAACUGUCUCCCCAUGAAUCCCCCACGUCGGGCUGGGCUGCGCUGGGGCUCUCCUACAAGGUGCAGUGGCCCUUGCACAUCCUCUUCACUCCUGCCGUCUUGGAAAAGUACAAUGUGGUCUUCAAGUACCUGCUGAGUGUCCGGCGCGUCCAGGCAGAGCUGCAGCACUGCUGGGCCCUGCAAACGCGAGGCAAGUGCCUGCAGUCCAGCAGGACGGACGCCAUCAAGUGGCGCCUGCGCCAUCAUAUGACCUUUCUGGUGGAUAAUUUGCAGUACUAUCUGCAGGUGGACGUCCUGGAAUCUCAGUUUUCACAGCUACUGCAGCAGAUCAAUGCCACGCGUGACUUUGAGAGCAUCCGACUGGCACACGACCAUUUCCUGAGCAAUCUCCUGGCUCAGUCAUUCAUCCUGCUGAAACCAGCUUUCCACUGCUUGAAUGAAAUCCUGGAUCUCUGCCACAGCUUCUGCUCACUGGUCAGCCAGAACCGGGGGCCCCUGGAUGAGCGAGGCACCCUGCAGCUGAGCAUCCUGGCCAAGGGCUUCAGCUGCCAGUCCUCGCUUCUGUUCAAGAUCCUCUCCAGUGUUCACAACCACCAGAUCAACUCAGACCUGGCUCAGCUGCUGCUACGCCUGGACUACAACAAGUACUACACGCAAGCUGGAGGCACUUUGGGCAGUGUUGGAUUAGAAUAGGAUAGUUCAGUCCAGCCAUGGAAGCUGUUGCUAGCAGUUCCAGGGACUUGGCCAAGACAUCACUAUUACUGCAGGAGGGUGGAGAUGGGACAGCUGGCAAGUAUUUUGAUUACCAAAACAACUGUGGCCUGUUCUCUUCCAUUUCAGCCAUGGCACACACACUUUUUCCUUCCCAGUCACAUUAAAGCUUAUGAAACACA